CGGGAAAUAAAAAAGACGAGCGAUUAGACACUGAAAAAAGGAGAGAGAGACAGAGAAAAAGAGAGAAUGAGAGGGGAGAUAUAAAUUCCGAAACAAAGGAUAAAAACCUCUAUUUUUUCAAACUUUUAUUGUAUUGUAUAAUUUGUUAACAGUAUCUAUAAUACUUAUAUAAUACUUUAGAAUUAAGAAAAGGGAUUGAAUGAUGAUUUUUUCUUCUCUAGAUAGAUUCUACGCAUUUUGUGAAAAUACACUGGAAUUAGUUAAUUAGAGAGAAAAAUUGAUUCUCUGCAGUCUUCAGAGUAAUUUGGAACAAAAUUGCGUGUUGCAAACGCGGAUUCGUUUACAAGUACGAUGUCAAGAUCGAUCGCAACCGUUCGGGUGACCUGAAGGGGUCGGAAGGGGGGAGGAGAAUGCUCUGAACGUUGGAACAUAUGUUUGCUAUUGAUCACGAUUAAUUGCGGAGGACGAUUGGCAUGCUACAGCGUGACGUUUGUCGUCUCGCCGCUGUCACGCGAUCUUAUUGGCCCACGAGGCUUCGCCGAAAAUCGAAUUAAUCUUAUCGAGACGAAACUGGAUGUCGAUUAAGAGAAUCGUAUGUUGUGUGUGUGUGUGUGAGAGUGAGAAAGAAAAAAAGGAAAGGGAGAGAAAGAAAAAAAAGAAUGGAAAAGUUAUCAAUUUAUCAUAUAAAUAUCGAAAACUUAGAGGAAAGAAUUGAAUCAACGCGAGUCGCAAUUACCAAAGAGACGCGUAUUAUAAUAUAUGUUGUUGCAGAUUUUUGUAAUGCAUCAUAUAUAAAUAAAUGAGAGCUUACAUUUUAAAAUAAAUAAUAUAAUCUUUGAACACUUCGAAGAUUUCAAGCUUUGAAACUUGAAAUUCUUUCAAAUCUUCAAAUAUUCGGAAUAUUUGUCAAUUGUCACCUUCAAAUAUAUUUGUCAAAAGUAUAACAGCUCUAAUUAAUGUAAAAACAUAAUUUUAUAUAAAUGUGUAUUAAAUUAAUAUGUAUAAAAAAAUAAAAAUAAAAUCGAAGAAAAGAAACGCAUAUUCAUGGGUGAUGAUGACGAGUCCUCUUUCUUCCUCAUGCUCCUCACAUUCGUCCCCCACAUAUACACGUACGUGCGUGCGAAUGUGCGUGCGAUAAAGAGGAGCAUCGCCGUUACGCGCCGUCGCAGCCGACCGGCGGCGGUCCGCCAGUCUACCUAAGUCCAUCGUUAGCGCUGUGCCGCGCGCGACGACGUGAUCUUCCUGCGCUACGUUCAGAGCGUACCGUACUUGUUGCUCGCGGGCGCGCGCGCGGCGCAGUUUGUCGUGGAGCAUAGAGAGAGACGGGGGAGAGAGAGAGGGAGAGAAAGAGAAAGAGGUGAGAAGGAGGGUGCGAAGAAGCAGCGGCGGCGGCCGGUCGUGCGAGAAGAGAAGAGACGAGAAGAGACGAGAGAAGGGAAGGAAGCAGGAAAGAAAGGGAAGGCCACGUCAGGCCGCACACGCACCGGUCACGCACGACUCUCCACGCGACACCUUCGCUCCGUGUCGCACGCGCGGACCACAUAAGCCGGGUGAGCGAGAGAAAGGAGGAAAACGCCGUUUGCGACGCGUCGUCAACGUAGUCGUUGAUGGCGGAGUCGUCGUCGAUGGCGGAGUCGCCGGACAGCCUCGAUUGAGCGACGGCACGGUAUCCCGACGACCGUCGUCACGCGAGACCUGGAGACCCCCCCUCGGCCUUCCUAACCUAAAUUCUAAAUUCUGUCACUCGCAGCGGCGUCGACCGAUACUACUGCUCGUUGAGGAAGGGGAGGCAGGAGCGGGAGGAGGUGAGAGAGACACGAAGGAGGACGACGACGAGGUUUCCUCGUGAUCGCCGACCCCCGUCGCUCCCCCUCCCCUCCUCGCGUCUCCUACCUCCAAUUUUUUGACAGCUAAAAAUACAGUUUUUGACGAGGGUUACGCCGCCGCGACGUCUAUUUCGGCGCCGGCCGCCGUGAAUUCUCUGCCGUACUUUUCCGCGUUCGCGAAGGUCCUCCCUCCUUUGCGACUACGAGGAAAACCUUCGCGCGUUGCUCCCCUUUUUUUUCUUCGUCUUUCGAGAAAAAAAGGAGUUCCGUACCGCGCGCGGCAAAAAGGAGCGCGGCGCCUGGCGGUCGAUCGAGGUCCGCGGAUCGAGAUCUCGCAUCGAUCGAUUCGCGUCUAGCUUCAUUGUUUACCGAUCAGAUGUCGUGGCUCGUGGCCUCGUUUCACGCUCGGUUCGUCGAUGACGACGAUGACGACGCGCUCCUUCACAGCCGUAACAUUGCGACGAUCGAAGGAGGAAGAAAGGAAGGAAGGAAGGAAGGAAGGAAGGUGCGAUCGAACACCGCGUACCGGUGUCGAGUCGCUCGCGGAGACAUGAAUGAACGAACGGGAGAUCGGGUGUCAGUUUCUUUUUCGCCGCGCGUUAUCGGUCCGCCGUGUCAUUUGCCGUUAAUGGAAACCGAUAAUUAUAUGCUCCGUCAGAAGAAGAAAGCGAUUACAGCAGCUCAUCAUGUCACAUCAUAUCGUUACCGUGUGCGUGGUGUGUGUACUGUGUGCCGCACAUGUACCCUGCGAGGCGCACACGAACCUGUCGUCGGCGAUGGCAUCGGACAGUUCGAAAAAUCACUCGGGUCUAGACACGCAGGGACAACCGUUUUGGCCGCCGAUAAAGUUUAAAGAUCCGUACUUGAAGAAUCAACAAAGAUACAAUAAUCUGAAUAACUUCACUAGCCAUAAGCUAGACCCUGUAAGAUCUCAUAAUAUGCAACGCAUCGAUAGUAAUAAUAACAAUAUCUCGGUAACCGUUGAUGCGACAUCGACUGCAUCGCGCAAUGAUACUUAUAUCAAGAAGGGAAUGACGAAGAGCUUCAAGGGUGGUGUGAGCCCACGGGAUACGCAACCGUCAGUUACAAGCAAAAAUAAUGUAUCUGUAAAUUCAAGAGAAGCGGAGCUCUUGGAGCGUCUUGCUCAAACGGAAUUGGCGCCAGGUGUCAAGCAGAAACAGUCUGCACAAUCUAGCAAAAAUUCGCGUACUACUAUUAAUAGAUCUAGAUUAAAGAGGGACGUGGAUGAGAAGUACUUCAUGCAAAAGAUCUUCGAGGCCUAUGGUGAUGGGACUAGUAUAACUAUGGAGGGUUUUGAGAAGCUUGUUCGAAAGCUGGGUCUACUGAGACUGUUGACUGACGCAUCGCAAGUGGAUAGCGAUGGCACUGAUAGAAAUAGUAAGAGUUUUCCAAAUAAAGGCCUACAUGAUACAGAUAGUAAGAGUAACAAGGAAAGGUGCUUAAACAGUCAAGAGUUGCUGAGCACUGUCGCCCAGGAUUCACACUAUACUUCUAACACAACGACAUUGCCCAGCUGGCUCUUCGAACGCGUAUGUCCGGUUCUUGUGUAUCAAUUAGUGGCCGAGUCCAGUUCGGAAAGAAACGGCUGUAUACGAGUGCCCGAGAAUUACAAGCCAUUCGUGCCGGUCGAUAAGCUGUAUACCGCGGAGGAUUCGACACGCAAUACUGUAAAAGUCUGGGUAUAUUCAACAGUUAGUAUUUUCGUAAUUAGUCUUAGCGGGCUGCUCGGCGUAGUAGUGAUUCCGAUCAUGGGAAAGAAUUAUUAUAAUCACGUGCUACAGUUUCUAGUUGCGCUGGCUGUAGGUACUUUAACCGGUGAUGCCUUUAUCCAUCUGUUACCACACGCGAUGAUGCCGUUUCAUAGUCACGAUCACGACGAACAUCAGGAACAUGAACAUCAUCAUGACGAGAGUGAUGGAUUAUUAAUUGAUCAUGUGAAUCUACACACCAUGAACAUGUGGAAAGGAUUAGUCGCUAUGAUGGGGUUCGUGAUAUUCUUUUUCACUGAGAAGGCGUUAAAUAUGAUAUCCGAAUGGCGGAAGCAUUACCAGCAUAGGAAAAAGUUACCUACGCGCGUGAGAGUGAUGAGGGAGACCGACGGGCCGAACAGCAAUGUCGUCGGCGAAAAGCUGUGUAAACACAAAUACUCUCCGUAUCCGUAUUGUUAUGGCGAGAUCGCCAGCGAAACUCAAGAUAAUCAUCACAAUCGUGGAAUGAACCAUCACGAGAGACCACCCAUCAUAGAGGAGGAGAAACCAUUGACAUCCCAUUGUAAUUCCGUUACGAAAAUCGUGACCAAUGGAGACAAUGGGGAUAUAGAGAAGAAACCAAAAGAUGAUUGGAGAAUGGAUGAUCCGAUCGAGAGUGUUAAGAAAAAUACCGAUGCCGACGUGUUAAACGAAUCUGAGAGCUAUACUGUUAUUCUACGUGAACACGAAACCAAACAUCACGGUCAUAGUCAUUCUCAUGGCCACGUACACUCAGCCCCCGAAUCAAUGUCCAACGUAGCUUGGAUGGUCGUAAUGGGCGACGGUCUGCAUAAUUUUACGGACGGUAUGGCGAUUGGCGCAGCUUUCUCGGCAAACAUCGCAGGUGGAUUCUCUACAGCUAUUGCUGUCCUUUGCCACGAGUUGCCUCACGAACUUGGUGACUUUGCGGUGCUGCUUAAAGCAGGCAUGAGUACCAAACAGGCUGUUUUUUACAAUGUCUUGUCUUCAGUGCUCUGUCUAUUAGGUAUGAUUGGUGGAAUUUUAUUGGGAAGCACUCCUGAUGCAACCAGUUGGGUAUUUGCAGUUGCUGCUGGAAUAUUUAUAUAUAUAGCAUUAGUAGACAUGGUACCAGAAUUGACGUCGAGUCAUUCCGCGGAAAGUGGUUCGCGAUUGCAGUGUGUUUGGCAAACUUUAGGUUUAUCGACAGGCCUUGGGAUUAUGUUACUUAUCGCCGCCUACGAACACGAUCUUAAACAUAUUUUCAACAACUAG